AUGUCCAGUUCCGAUACUGCACUUCUCAUCUUAUUGAUUAUUACAUUGUCGUUGUCGGUGUUUACCCUACUUAUGGUAACCUCACUCACGGAUCCAUAUUGGUAUUUGCACAUUUUGUCAAUCAAAACACACAAUAGAAAGAAAAUUUUGAAUCAAUCAGUGGGGACCAUGGAUUCAGAUUUGGAGCGACAAAGUACUUCAAAUGUAGAUCAAUCAGGGAGCUAUCGUUCAACAACCAAUAAUACAAACAUUGCAUUAGAUAGUUAUCCCAUGGGAUCUUCUGUUAUAGAGAGAAACAAUCAUGUGCAUGAACACCAACCGAGCGAAAAUGAGUCUACUGAAGAAAUCUCAGACUCUGCAAGUAAUCAUGUUAUAUCUAAUGACAAUCCAGUGCAGAUUCUACAAAAUAACGUGGUUAGGGGUAUACCACAAACUAGAGAUGAGACUCGUGAAAGUAUAGGAGAAUUUGGAAGUGCUUGUGAGAAGUUUGAGGUUACACAGGAGGCCCAAACUGUAGAGUAUGGCUCUGCAAUCAAUCUUUCGAGAUUUGAAAUUAUCGGCACCUCCACCGAUGCUGUUGUGACUGACGGUGAUUACAAGGAAACUGAGCCACUUAAGGAAGCAGAGGAUAAUCAUGUUGCAAACCCCACAAUUAUUGCACAUCCAGCUACCAGCACAUCUGUGUUUGAUUCAGCCCACGUUCAAUCAACACCAAACACGCCUUUUCAGCGGGACAAAACCAGCGACGUUGUUAAAGAGAAAAGUAGGAUGGGUCUGAUUCGAGGAGUUGCUGAUCAACUCUCAGACAAUUUAAUAAGAGUUGGAGAUCUGGUUAUCGUAAUCAGGCCUUUCGUUGGUGUUAAGGAGUCUGAUUUUCCUUUAUUACAACCAGGCGACUUGAUUCGAAUUAAUAAGUUCUGUGUAUUGGAGGAGGAUUCCAAAGGUGACACAGUUGGUGAGACGGAAGCCCCUAAAGUAGUUGAACAGCAACUGAUGAAGAAGAUUGGAGUGGUCGAUUUGGCUGAUUUGAGCGAGUCACUGCUGAAUGAGUCCCUGCACGAAAGUUGUACACAAGAAAUGAUCGUGAUGAAGACCGACGUCUUGUACAGAAGGAUAUACUGUACUGGUAUGCUUUUAAAUACUUACCUAAAGGAAUCUUCAGUGCAUGAAUUGAUUUGGAAACAAAGAGAAGAGCCAGAAGGUACCGAGGUAAACUCACUUACAAAAGAUUUUCCUUUGAAUGUAGUUACUUUAGAGGAAACCAUUUUGAAGAGGCCAAGAAAAUGA